CCAGCUUGCCAGUCGCCACCCUGCUCACAACAUCUCUCCUCUGUUCUCCCAUCCACACGCAUCUCUGCACCUGCACAGAGCCUGAGCGCACACAGAUUCUCACUGUACAUAGCGAGACAGCAGAAGCCAAGGAAGCUGUGAGAGCGGAGCAUGAUGGCUGCUCCAUAGAGUCAGAGAAGAGAAAAGGGGAAGAAACGCAGAGCAGGACCGCAGCCCGCAGGGAAAGGGGGAGCACCGCCCAAGAUCGCAAAAGCAAAGGCAAAGCAGCGGCAGCCAUCCAUGGAGGUGGAGCCACCGCAGGCUGCCGCUGCCGCGGCUGCUGUAGCAGCAGCGCUCCUGAAAUGCCGCGGCGACGGCGGUGGCGGGGAGGCAAGAUUCGAGGCCUGCGGCAAGGCGGUCUCCAGGAGCCCCAGCCGCGAGGCGCAAGAACCGGACGGCAGCCCCGGGACGGCUCGCCGCCGCGUGGAGCAGGAGGAGAAAGAGGAGGAGCCGCUGCGGCGGGGGCUCGCGGCGGCCCAGGCGCGCGCGCGGGCGCGGCGGAAGGCGGGCCACGCCACGCCGUCGCCGUCCUGGAAGCUGGAGCCGUCGCCGCCGCGACCGGAGGAGGAGGCGGCGUCGGCCGAGGCGGACGCGGGGGCGGGGAGGCGGGGCGCGCCGGCCGCGUCGGCUAGGCAGCUGGGCGCCACCCUGUGGGAGAUCCAGGACGUCAUCCGCGUCGCCGGCGCGGGCCGCCGGAUCCGGCACCGCGGACGGAGGGCGCCCGCCGCCGACGAGGCGAGUGCGGAUGCGGAUCGGGAACAGUUCAAAACACCCUCUUCAAUUCUUCAUCAGGAACAGUUCAAACCACAGAAUCUAGCACCAAGCACUCUGCGAUUUCAUUAUAGUAGUUGGACGCCACGGAGUUCAGGUGGCUUUGGAGCACAUGUUGCAGCUUCAGUGAUGGAGCAUGAUAAGUUACAUGAAGAAAGAUGCCCCUCAAGGCAGCCUCUUUCUCCUGCAAGUUACACUAGUUCAGUUGGGGCAACUACGGUGAACCUUGUCAGCCCAACUCGGUCAUUGGAUUGCAAUGCUAGAUUUAGGCACACGGGUAAUGAUCUCAAAACGUCAACAGAGCUAUUGAAAGUUCUCAAUCGAAUUUGGAGCUUGGAAGAACAGCACGCAGCUGAUGUGUCAGCAAUGAAGGGAUUGAAACGAGAGUUGCAUCAUGCCAAGGCAUGCAUUCAAGAGCUUAUGCAAGAGAGGCAGCGGUAUCACCACGAAAUUGAUUCUCUAGCAAGGCAAGUCACUGAAGACAAAAUGGCUCGGAGGAACAAGGACCAAGAGAAGAUCAAAGCAGCCAUCCGUUCACUGCAAGAGGAGCUUGAAGAUGAGAGACGCCUGAGGAAACAUUCGGAGGCUCUCCAUAGAAAGCUAGGCAAAGAGCUGUCUGAUAUGAAAUCAUCAUUUUGCAAGGCUGCAAAGGCUCUGGAGAAAGAGAAAAAUACAACCUGCCUGUUGGAAGAUCUUUGUGACGAGUUUGCAAAAGGAAUUAGAAACUAUGAGGAGGAAGUCAGGAUGUUGAAGCAAAAGCAUGUAAAGGAGUACGAGCACAAGUUUGAUAAGUCAGUAGUUCAUAUUUCAGAAGCAUGGCUUGAUGAGCGAAUGCAGAUGCAAAAGACUGGUACAAGGGAAGAUUUGUCGGGGAAAACCUCAAUCACAGAACGACUGAGCAGUGAGAUUGAGAGUUUUCUUCAUCAUGCUAAAAGGUUCGGUAACUGCAAGAAUGAUAACUUAGACAUUGGUAAUGAAAAGCGAGAUGCCAGUUUUUGCCAGCAGUCCCUUGAGUCUGUGCACCUUAACGGAGCCACUAGUGCCCCUCGGUUAGCGGAAGAUGAUGAUGGCAGUUCUAUUGCCAGUGAUCUGCAUUGCUUUGAACUGAACAUGCAUGGAGGUGCCAUUAAGAGCCAUGACCUUGCAGGUACUCGAAGGAGGGUCAUAAGCUCCAUGCAUUCACCGAUGAGAAGAUUGGAAUAUUCCAAUGGUGUAUCUGUCGAAGGCUCACCAAUGUCAAAUGCACCAACUUGCUCAAGAAAAGACAAGGCAAGAUCUAGCAUCGGUCGACAACAAUUUAUUGCUUCAACACCAGAAAUUAGCUCACGCAAUGAUGCUGGCCUUGCUUCUACAGACGAGCAAAAUGAAACUGUUAUGACCCAAGUCUCUCGCCAGUUACGUGAUGACCUGUUGAAAAUCAAAUCAGAGGCUCCUCAACAUGCAUAUCUAGGGCACAGAUCAAACCAGCCCCGGACAAAUCAGUUUCAUGAAUAUACUACCGCACGGGAUCUUUGUGAUGUGCGCAGUCCAGCACGACAUCUGAAUAACCCAGCCAAAUCCUUGGAGUGCGAGAUAUCUGAAUCCCCAGCUCAUCAGCUGGUAGGUGCAAAGGAGAACACUCUGAAGGCAAAACUACUUCAAGCAAGGUUGGAGGGGCAGCAUGCUCGAAUGAGCUCAUCGGUAUUCCCCUUGAUCAGCACAAGGAGGAAAUGAGAACCCAGCUGACACUCUUGGGCUUCCAUGAUUUCAAUCUGCAACAUGUAUAGUUGCAAUUGUAAGAUAUCCGACUUAAUAGCCGAAUAUCCACUUGACGAUGACGUGUUUCGAGUGCUCCUGGAUGCCCCCAGUUGCAGGUUAUGUGAAUCCUAGAUGUAGUUGCAUAUUGAACGGAGUUCUCAUUGUAGAUUUCAUCUGCUAACCAUCGGACUAGAAUCAAAUGGAGAUGAACUUGGCUAUCACAUCUUGUAACAUUUGUAUAGUAAUGAGCUUAGUUAUUACUUGCUUUAGCCAUGGGCAAUCUUUGUCCUAAUUUAUUUUUUUCUAAAAGAAGUUGGUUUGCAGAGACUACAA